AUGGCAGCGGCCGAUCUCCUGGUGGUUAUCUCGGAUCCCGUGUUGAGAUGGACUCGAGUGCUUCAUUUUCAAGGUUCGUUUUUGUUCAUUACUCCGGUGUGCAGGCUCUCAACAGUGGCGAGAUUUGCAACCAACACGGUUUCUGUCUGGGUGACGGUCGCGUUCACCUUUGAUCGAUUUGUGGCCAUUUGUUUUGAGAAGCUGAAGAGCAAAUAUUGCAGGGAGGGAACGGCGGCCGUGGUUAUAGGGGCAGUGAGUGUGCUCGGCUGUUUGGAGAGUGUCCCUUGGUUUUUCCUGUAUGAACACGUCUACAUUAUUAACAACAUUCCAUGGUAUUGUGUACCGUCUGAGAGCUUCCUGCGCUCCUUUUUGUGGGGCGCAUUUGAAAUGUUCCACUUCACGUUAACCCCUUGUGCCCCGUUCCUUCUCAUUUUACUCCUCAAUGUUCUGACAACCAGGCGCAUUCUAACUGCCAGUAGAGCGCGACGGGCACUCCGGAGCCGCAGCGAUGGAGAGAAGGUCGAGGAUGCAGAACUGCAAAACCGAAGGAGAUCCAUAAUUUUACUCUUCAGUAUCAGUGGUAGUUUCAUACUGUUAUGGGUGACAAUGGUUGGGCAGAUGUUUUACGUGCGAAUUACUGGCAAUUACGUUUACACAUCCAUAUCUGACCCGAGCUUUAUCACAGAACACGUAUCGACGAUGCUGCAACUGCUCAGCACCUGCACAAACACGUGUAUUUAUGCAGUGACUCAGCGUAAAUUCAGGAAGCAGCUGAUGUGCGCAGUGACAUGUCCAAUCAAAUUGGUGAUUCGAAUAUUCAAGUAA